AAACUAUAUUCUUGUUCCAUUUCAUCAUCAACAACACAAAACUAGUUUGCAUCAUUUUCAAUGUCUUCAAUAUCCUAGGAUAAGGGUGAACAUCAAAGGAAAAAAAACUCUUCAAUUCCUUCACACAUUUUUUUUCUUUCCAUUUUCAACUCAUGUUUCUUACACUUUUUUUUUUCUUUUUUUUUUUUCUCUUCCACAUUAUCUCUCUCUUCUCUUCUUCAUUAUUACUCACUCAUAUAAUGCUACAUUGAUUAGAUCCAAGCUUUUGAACAAACCCAUUACUCUUCAAACCCCAUUAAUAAAACCAUGGGUGGUAGUACUCUUAGAGAAUCAUGGUGUUUUUGCAAAGGGGUGAGUAAGUCUGAGAGAAUGAAAGGUGCUAUUUUUACAGGGAAAAAUCAAGCUAUGGCUACAAUCACAAACAGUAAUGUUGUUAAUGGAGUUUCUGGAACUGGGUUUCUCAUUCAUAGGAAUCUUCUUUUGACUACUCAUGCUAAUCUCCCUUCUGUUGUUGCUGCUGGUAGCUCUGAGAUCCGGUUGCAUAAUGGUGUCUCUGCAACUCUUGUUCCUCAGAGGUUUUUCAUUACAAGUUCUGUAUUAGAUCUUACAAUUGUGGGUUUAGACGAUGCGGACGGAGAGUCCAAUGCACUGGGUCAAAACCCUCACUACUUGAAGACAUGUUGUAAAACCAAUCUGGAUCUUGGAAGUGUAGUCUACCUUUUAGGCUACACAAAGAAACAGGAGCUAACUGUCGGCGAAGGAAAGGUUGUCAUAGCCACAGACAAUCUUAUAAAGCUCUCAACCGACGGGAUUAUAUGGAGUCCAGGUUCGGCAGGAUUUGAUGUGUACGGCAAUCUAGCUUUUAUGAUUUGUGAUCCUAUGAAAUUAGCCACGUCACCGAAUACCAAAUCACCUUCAACUUCUUCAUCCUCCAACUCGUCGUGGAAGAAAGAUCUCCCAAUGCAAUUUGGCAUACCGAUUCCUGUCAUAUGUGAUUGGUUAAACCAGCAUUGGGAAGGAAACCUCGACGAGCUUAACAAGCCUAAAUUACCCCUCAUGCGGUUAAUGUCUACAGGCCCUAGGAGCGAACAUUCAUGCGCUUCCUUCACAUUGCGGCAAGUUUUCAAGUCAACUGAUGCUGAUAAUGAGAAUACCUCAUCUUCAUCAAAGGGUCAGGGACAAAGCUCUGCCGCUAUCGUCAACACGGCUGAAGAAGAAAGCUUGAGUAUUACUACAAACCCGAAUGCUGCACAUAUACAAGGAAUUCCAACUCCAGAAAUAUAUGAAUCACCUAGAGUAACUUCUGUGCCACUCAGAAGGAAAGAAAAUACACAAAUACAACUUUUGGACAUCAAUUUUCCUCCAAGGAUUGCCAAACCUGCAGUUAUUUCGCAAUCUUUAAAAGAACCAUAUCUGAAAUCAGCUGAAAACCAGCCCAAAGGUGAACAAAACCAGGACAGAAGGCCAGCAGCGACUCCCAUUGCAGAAGUUUCAUCAACAGGUUCAGUCAAUGGAGCUCAAAGCGAGGUUCAAUCUAGUUCGUCUCCCGUGGAAGCUGCUCAAAUGCACGACGGAUAUAGUAGCGAAGGAGAGACAAUGUACUCUGCAGAGACUGCAGAGAGCCGCAACUAUACAAGUCCGAGAGAGAUGAAGUUUCAACAAGUCGGAAGGAGUCAGAGUUGUGUUAGUUAUAAUAGAUGGGGUGCUGCAAGGAGGAGUCAAGUCGCUCGUGGGAUGGUAGUAGAAAAUCAAAGGAGUUUCAUGCAUGUGAAGAAGAUUUAUUCACAAGGAGCAACUUCACAGAGAAGCAAUGAGUAUUUCAGCCCGACUGUAUCAUCGAUCAUGAAACGUAAUGGCUCAGAGCAACCAACCAGGUCAAGACAAACUGCAUUUCAUUCUCCUUCACCAAGAUGGAUGUUUUGAUUGAUACUUUAUAAUGAUAUAUUUAUAUUUAUUUUCUACUCCAUAGAGUUAUAAAACUAUAAUGAGAAAAAAAGAGUAUAGUGUCUUUAUAUGUUUCUUCUUUUUGUUUUUCUUAUUUAUAUGCUUUAUUUUUUAUUUUUUAUUUUUUAUGGAACAUAUGCCUAUAUAGACCGGUUGUGGUGAAUAAGAAAUUUAUGCUAAAAUGUAGAUUUCUUUCAAA